AUGGAAUGUAUAUCACUUUGCAUAAGAGACAAUGGUUGCUGUUUUACUAACUAUAAUGAUGUAAAAAAGGAAUGCAUUGUCGGAACACCUAUGAGAUGUUAUGCUAAAUCAAGAAAAGCAGUAGGAUGGCAGUUACUCAGACGAGAGCCUGACGGAUUAUGGAUAGGAGGCUCAGAUUCAAUAUCUGAAGGACGAUGGAAAUGGGAUAAGCCAACAAGAACUAUAGCCUUCGACGAUUGGGGAACUGUACUAUUACUUAAACAACCACAAGGAUGGAUCAUAGAAAACUGUCUAUCAUUUUGGAAUUGUGAUCCAUGGGAGUGCUUCGUGUCGAUAGUGAAUCGUGGCUCAUUGAAUGAUCAACAAGACAGUCAAGUCAAGUGGAGGAAAAUUUCUGUUAUGUCAAGUAGUUUGUUUUACUACGCAUACUGUAAUCGUUUCGGAAUGAGACUUGCCACUAUUAGUAGCGCAAAAGAAAAUGAGUUUCUGAACUAUAUUACUAGUCGUAUGACUGGAACAUGGUUAGGAGGAUCAGAUUUGGUGAAAGAAAAGGACUGGAAUUGGGAUAAACCAUCGAGAAAAAUAACUUAUUUUGAUUGGGGACAUAAUAAAUAUUAUAAAGAACCCGAUGGUCUUUCGUCUGAUUCGAGGGAAGCAGAUUGUCUGAUAUAUUCUCCUAUAUGGAGAUGGUGUGACGAAAGAUGUGGAAUUCCUUACCCCUUCUUAUGUGAAAGGGAUUCAACAAAGGAAUGUAAAGUUGGAAUGAGCAUGUGUCAUGCAAAAACUAUGAGAGAAAUCGGCUGGACAUUUUUAAGAAGAGGUAAUGCUUACAAGAACAAGGUUUUUUUCUACUUCGGGAAUGCAGUGCCUUGGCUUGAUGCGCAAGGAUAUUGUGGCAAUUUUGGGAUGAGACUUGCUACUGUCAGUAAUUCAGAUGAAAACGACUUCUUGAAAUCUCUCACUACUCAGAGUUCGGGAGUAUGGUUGGGAGGUUCAGAUUUGUUGAAAGAGGGUUAUUGGAAAUGGGACAAACCAACACGAUCGAUAACCUAUUAUGACUGGGGAUUUUAUAAUGGGAUUCCUCAGCCAAAUGGAUUAUUUAACCAAAACUGUUUAACAUAUGGCAUAAGCGAUCCGUUAGAAACUGAAUAUACAUGGGAUGACCAAAAUUGUUUAGAUUCGUAUCCAUACUUAUGUGAAAGGAUUGUACGCGUUGAUAGUGAAAACUGGCCAAUUGAAUGAAUAGAGACAAAAAAUGUUAACCUGUACAUAAGAAGUGCGGAUGUAAAUAGAAAAUUUUAAAAUUGUUAAAAUUCAUAAAACUAAGCUGAAUAACUAAUACAUCUGUGACAUUAAAUGAUAAUAUUUGUUACGUUUUGUUCAUUAUCAUGGAGAUUUGAGUAUGGUUGCCCUAAUGUUUUAUGAGGAACUUGUAAAAGGAAGAAUGGUUCAGGAUGUACUUAGAUGAGAUUUAAUAAAUCAAGAAUUUAAAAUUGAUACUAUGAGCAUAAAGAACAUUAGUUAAGGAUCAAAAUAAGCUAAAGUAUUGAUAGGUCAUGAAACUCCUUUUCGAAACAUUUGAUUUUUUCAAUAUGGCGGGGAAAGGCUUACGCGGAUUUUACCUAAUAAUUUCAUUAGUAUUGUAUGGGUCUCAUAUCAAGAAUCUGCUUACAUGACCUUUCAUGAGCUAUUAAGACUAAUACGAAAAGAUAAAUGGGCAAAAUAGGUUACCUUGUAUUGUCUGGAAAAACACUGUGAAGUCUGAACAUCUAACACAAUUUCCAAAACCUUAUCUAAGUACAUCCUUAUGCACUACUGCAUAUCAUGUUAUGAAUG